UGUGCAAUAUUAGUCAUUAUAAUGUCCAGAUACAGUAAUAUUAUCAGUGGACGUGUAAAGAAUAUGCAAAAAUGUAGUGUACGUUCUUUUAGUUUUCGAAGUAUAAUAAAGUUUUUAUCCAUAUAUUAUCGAGUUAAACCAGAAAGUGCAAAACCUCCCUACAAUUUCAUCUGUCAAGUUGGUGACCCUGUUUUACGACAGAAAGCGGCACCUAUUGAUACGAAAAUAAUACAAACGCAGGAAUUUCAAAACACAGUUGAUCACUUACAUAAAAUGCUGAGGAAAUAUGAUACAGUAGGAUUAGCAGCGCCACAAAUUGGCUUACCUUGGCAAUUAUUUGUUAUUGAACUGAGAGAAGAUUCUGUAAACGAAGUUCAUCCAUUCUUCCAAAAAACUUGUAACAUCGUACCCUGCCCUUUAACAUAUUUUAUUAAUCCAAAAUUAGAGAUAAUUAAUCCUGAGGAAGAUAUAAUGUUUGAAACAUGCGCAAGUAUUAAUUGUUAUCAUGCAGAAGUGGCGAGACCACUAGAAGUUGAAAUCAAAGCACUUAAUCGAUUUGGGGAGCCAUUUUGUUGGAGAGAAAAAGGUUGGUUAGCUAGAAUUGCUCAUCAUGAAAUGGAUCAUUUAAAAGGAUUAUUGUAUACUGAUAGAAUGUUUCCACUAACGUUUGACUAUAUCGAUUGGGAAAAGACAUAUAACAAGAAGAGGAAUGUUGUUAUAAAUUAAUCAGUAGAGUUGUAAUGUACUAGAUCAUUCUAAUUAAAUAUGUGUUUAUCUUAA